UUUCCUCUCCGUCUCAUCACUUCAUCUGGUCGACAGACUGGACGCAUCAUCUCACACUCCGGGAAUGGGAUCCCUACUGGGCUCAAAGAAAAACUUCGAGUUCUUUCGAGUUUACGCUCUCCAGAAGCUACUUUUCAAGCUGCAGGGAUAGUUGUUGGUGCAGGUCCAGGGCGGCAGCAGCAAAGAGUCACUGGCCAAUGACUUCCAAGACGCACCAGAAGUUGUCGGCUAGUUUCAGACGCUAGAAUUCAGUUGAACGCCAUGAAGUGGUGAGUUUGGUGACUAAAAGAUUCGUGUCAUUUCAGACCACAUAGCUACUUCGAACGAGGCGUGCGUAAAAUAUCUGUGCGUAAAGUUGGAGCUGUUGCGCACGGUUCAAAUUUAGUUCAAGUGGAGCAACUAAUGCGAGAAUAGACAACAGAUUUGUUAAUUUUUAAAUCGGUGAUAAGUGAUAAUACCUUGACAGCCAUGGCAAAAUGGUUCAGAGAUUUCCCCAUCAACCUGAAGAACGGAAACGAAAGGGUCCGCUCGGCCUCUGAAUCUGGUUCACAAACUCGACCCAAACCUUCGUUUUCUCGUGACAGUCUGAAAGGAAAUCAGCGCAAGGACGGAGGAGUUGGGGGUUUAUUGGCAGGGAGAAAUAGGAAAAAUUCGGCAGUAGAAUUGGGUCGUAACAACGUUACUUCUGGUGGGACAGUCUGGGACAGUCUCACAACUGGAAAAGGUCGCAAAAACUCCAAGGUCGAGAGUGGCACGUCAGAUGAGAACCGCCAGGUCAGGACCUCUAGUUUGGCUCAAGCCUACAUCAGCAGAAUGAUCAAAGUGGACAAACAGGACAAGACCCCCAAACUCAAUGGGAUAAGCGAACAGAAGCAGCCCGAGAACGAAAAGGGAAGGUCUGACAUUAAAACAACGCUGAUUAUCCUGGAGGACUACGCAGAUCCUUUUGAUGCAGAGAAAACCAAGGAGCAGAGGGAGGCUGAGAGAGCUGGAGAGAAUGACGGGUACAUGGAGCCCUAUGAUGCCCAGGUCAUCAUCACAGAGGUUCGUAGACGGGGCUCCAAAGACCUCCUGAAAGUGUGUGUUCUGCUGGACCGAGGCCGGAGAGAAGGGAAGGGAGAAGAGGCAAAGCCCACGCCCCCAAAUAUCUAUGACACGCCAUAUGAGGGAGGGCUGGAAGGCGACCGCGAGGGGGUGUGGAUCCCUGUCACACGGCCAGAGUCUGACGUCCGUCCCGCUGGAGAGUAUGAACUGCCCUGGGAGUGGAGAAAGGAGGACAUUGUUAGAGCGCUGUCAGCUCAGUUUGAGGCAGUGGAUUGUUCUUCCAGUAAAGAGAAUGGUUCAACCACCGGCCGCCAGCAGCACCAGCAGCAGCACCAGCAGCAGCACCAGCAGCAGCACCAGCAGCAACAACAACACACCCUGAGGCAGAAGAACUGGAACCAUAAAACACUCGUACCAUCUUCUCCAUCCUCCUCCUCUUCUCCCUCCUUUCCUUCCUCUCCUAUUCUCAAACUCUCCCCUCUCACGCCCCCGUCUCCCUCUUUCCCCACCCUCAAACUCCCGCCCCUCUCGCCCUCUUCUAGCCCUAACAAACUAUCCCCUCCAUCUCCUACCUCCCCCAGUGCCCCACUGGAUGGGGAGGCAGCCAAAGUGGACCCCAGCCUGCCCCUGGAGAAGCAGAGCUGGUACCAUGGCAGUGUGAGUCGGCAGCAGGCUGAGGCUCAGCUGCAGCGCUGCAGGGAAGCCAGCUUCCUGGUGAGAGACAGCGAAUCAGGAACCAGCAAGUACUCCAUCGCUCUGAAGACCAGUCAGAGUUGCGUGCACAUCAUCGUGGCCCAGACUAAGAGUGUUAAAGGCUUGGGUUUCACCCUGGAUCAGAGUAGCUGUGUCUUCUCCAGUAUCCCUGAGCUGGUCCACCACUACUGCACACACAGACUGCCCUUCACUGGAGCAGAGCACAUGACCCUGCAGCAUCCUGUGCCCAGGCCCCACUGAACAUGCGUAAAGGACAAACAAACACACUGGGACAUAAACACACAUGCGCAGAGACGUACAUUACACAUUUAUGCACACGUGCACACAGACACACACACACAUUAACUUGUUAACUUGUACGCGCAUACUCAAAGAUAUGCUGCUUUGGAUUUGUCAUGUGUACCACCUUAAUACGUUUGUUUGUAUCUCUUCCAUGCGCUACCUAGUGGUCAAAGUCAUACAUUACAAUUACCAUUGAUCACAUUAUUAGAGGGCUAAUGGUUGCCAAACAAAAAAUCCACAAACCUACUGAAUGUACUUAUAUAUGCACAAUUCCAUAGUUGGUGCAACUGUUCUAUUGUCUUGUCCUUGCAAACCAAACUGAUAACCAACCUGAAAACUAACCAAGAUAUCAGGUUAAUCAGAUCAGAUAUUUGAAGUAAGUGGACAGGAAUAAUCGCCUCAAGGGAUGCCCUAACACAAAGAUGCUGACAUCAUCAAUCAGCACCAUGCGAUCUAGUUAGGUGUGGUCUGCGAGAUCAAUACACCUGAUUGGAGUAUAUUCAUUCAUCCAUCUGACGUGCCAAUCAGCCCAUUGAUCUAUCCUGAAAAUCAGGCUCAUUUGCAGACCGCUCUGCCUGUCAAGAGAAAGAGCUUUAUUGAUCGGAUGAUUAGGACAAGUGUAGUGGGAGGGGUCUUAUAACAUUACACUGCCCUGUCAGCAAAAUGGUUUUUGAGGGUUUGUAAGUGUGCAGAAUAAAUAUGUGAAUAUCACAUCCCCUCACGUGCCCCCACUGUAAUCUGACUCUGUGGUUAUCCUACUUUAUUGUGAAUCAACUGAUUUGCUUUACCCUAAAAUAUACCUAUGCAUAAAUGAUGUAUGUAUGAAGCGAUUGGUGGAUAUUGUCGAUGAUGUGGCCUGUAUAUUAUUGUUGUGAGACUUUUAUUCCGUAAAUGAAAUAAAGUUGAUAUUAACUGCA